UGUUAACAUUCAACCUUUAAGUUGGGGACAUCUUGUACACCUCUUCUUUCUCAUCUAUUCACUUCUUGGCCUCUAUUUCUCCUUGUUCUCACUUCGCGCUGUUGUUCGGCCAUCGCUCCAUCAUGGCGAUACAGAAACGAUACCUCCUGCUCAACUCCGCAGCCAUCACCUUCCUCACCUUUCGCUACACGCCGCAGCUCGCAAUAUUCAAGAGCUCGUUCUUCUGGAAUGCCGCCACGCUGCUUCUUAUCCAGAUCCUGGCGCAGUCGGGGUGGCGUAUCUUUGUGUAUCCGUUCUUCCUGAGUCCUCUGCGUCACUUGCCCUCGCCUCCGGAAUCGAGCAUCGUCUUUGGACAUUUCAAGAGAAUUUUCAGGGACCCGUCGGGCGAACCGCAAAGGGACUGGAUUGAUUCGAUUCCGAAUGAUGGCGUGCUGUACUAUCGGUGGUUGUUCAAUGAGCCGAGGAUUCUGGUUACGACGCCGAAGGCGCUGGCGGAGGUGCUGGUGCAGAGGAACUAUGACUUUAUCAAGCCGUAUCGUAUCCGGAGUGGGCUUGGUAGGCUGCUUGGUGUGGGCAUUCUGCUUGCUGAGGGAGACGAGCACAAGCGCCAACGGAGGGCCUUGAUGCCUGCAUUUGCUUUCCGCCACGUUAAGGACCUAUACCAGGUUUUCUGGAGCAAGUCACGUGAGAUGACCGAUAAACUCGCUGAAGUCAUCAAGACGAGCCCCGAUGGAUCCUCCGUCGUGGAAAUCCGGGAGUGGGCGUCCCGUGCGACGCUCGAUAUCAUUGGCGUAGCAGGCAUGGGUCAGGACUUCAAUGCUCUGUCCAAUCCGGAGAGCGAGCUUAAUGUGACCUACCGCACCAUCUUCAGCCCAGGCCGCGGCGCGCGCCUCAUGCAGGUCAUGUCCAUGUUCCUGCCUGAAUGGCUGCUCCGCGCUCUCCCCAUCAAGCGUAACGACGAGCUACGAAACGCUAUCUCGACCAUCCAACGCGUAUCGCGCGACCUCAUCCACUCCAAGCGCGCCAAGCUCGAAAAGGGCAGCCGCACCGAUGUCGACAUCCUCUCCGUCGCCAUCGAAUCUGGCGGCUUCAGCGAUGAAGACCUCGUCAACCAGCUCAUGACAUUCCUCGCCGCGGGCCACGAAACCACCGCCUCCGCCAUGACAUGGGCCGUGUACCUGCUCUGCAAGCACCCCGAGGUCCAGCAGCGGCUCCGCGAGGAAAUCCGCACCUCGCUACCCGCCAUCAACGACCCCAGCGCGCAAAUCUCGUCCACGGACAUCGAUCACUUGCAGUUCUUGAACGCCGUGUCAAACGAGACCAUGCGCCUCUUUCCCCCCGUGCCCCUCACAAUGCGCGAAACCGACCACGACACUACAAUCCAGUCGCACUUCAUCCCGCGCGGCACAACCGUCAUCAUCUGCCCCUGGGCCAUCAACACGUCCAAGCAGCUCUGGGGCGACGACGCGCGCGAGUUCAAUCCGGAUCGCUGGAUGGGGCCGGGCAAGGCGAAUACAGGCGGCGCGGAUAGCAACUAUGCGGUGACGACUUUCCUACACGGGCCGCGGAGCUGUAUCGGGAAGGACUUUGCCAAAGCGGAGUUUGCGUGCCUUAUGGCGGCGCUGGUGGGACGGUUCGAGAUGGCGUUGGAGGAUCCGGGGCUGAAGGUGGAGAUUCAGGGUGGGAUUACGGCGAGGCCGAAGGGUGGGUUGAGGAUCAGGCUGAGGGCUGUGGAUGCGGAGUAGGGAUACGGUUGAGGUGGGAAUGGGUGAGGUUUUUCCUUGUUCUCUGUGUGCUUUGGGUAUGCGACUGGCAUGCUAGCAUAUGAUAGUACUGCUAUUUCCGAGCAUCCCGCUCUUACUGUCAGUUCUCGCGGGUCAAGGUUUUCUUUCAACUACGUCUCACUGCUUACUCCGACCGUCAUUAUCUA